GUUAUUGGUUAACGUAACCUCUCACGAAAGAUUUCAGUUAAUUCAAUGUCGAGUGAAACGCACUCGAGGAAAACUUUGUACAUCUAUUAGAUUGUAUCGGACGUUCGUGAAAAUGCUAUCUAAUUAAAUAAACAUACAGGAAUAAAAUGCUGCUCCUGACGAAUUCUUUUAAUUUUAGUGAUUAAAAAGGUUAAAGACGAUUCAGAGGACUUGAAAUUUUUGUCGAAACAUAUCUGUACGGUCGAAUUCUUCUAAGUCAUCCGUGUUUCAUGUUGUAGGUACAUAGCACACAAUUUUUCUAUGUUGUGAAAUAACAGGAAAAUGGUUAUGAGCUAUUGUACCAUAUUACGUUUCAAGCAGUCCGCAACUUUGAAUAAAUAUUUGUUAAAGAAAUGUUUGAAGCAAUAUCUAACCUAUCGUGCAAGCGUCUAUUCGACUGGAAUCAGUAACAACCAUAAAAAUUGUGUAUCAAAAAAUGAACGAACUGCUAGGAGAAAAGCAUUAAGGUCGCAAAUAUUUCAAGACAUUAAACAGACCAAACGAAAAGUAGAGGCAAUUAUAGAAAAGGAGAACAUUUGGACAAUACCGAACUUUCUUUGUGUGGGUAGAAUUGUAACAUCACCUUAUUUGAGUUAUUUAAUUUUGUCCCAGGAUUACCAGGUAGCAUUGUGGCUUUUAAUAAUUGCAGGAUUCAGUGAUAUGGCAGAUGGAUGGAUUGCGCGUACAUGGACGUCCCAAGCUUCAAAGCUUGGAAGUAUUUUAGAUCCAGCCGCAGAUAAAUUGCUUGUGGGCACAUUGUUCCUAUCGCUGGCUUGGGUUGGAUUGGUUCCCAUUCCUCUAACGUGUCUUGUUAUUGUGAGGGAUGUUGCCUUGGUUUCUGCUGCUUCUUACAUUAGAUAUCGCUCCUUACCUCCACCAAAAACCUUAGUGAGGUAUUUCGAUCUCACACACGCAACUGUACAGUUAGCACCGACAUACAUAAGUAAAAUUAACACAGGCAUUCAAUUGUCCUUUGUUGCCGGAACUCUGGCCGCUCCUAUAUUUCAUUUUGUAAAUCACCCGGUUUUGGUAGGAUUGUGUUACAUCACAGCAUUAACAACGUUAGCAGGUGGUAUAAGCUACUUAUUAUCGAAAAAUACGUACAAGUUACUAGGCAAAAAGACGGAUACGAAGUCGUCUCGCUAGGUACAUUAUGUAUGAUUUAUUCCUGAGCACAAGAAAUACACUCUUACUGUCUCUAUAAA